AUGCAGCCAUAUUCCAGAUCAGGAGGUACAAGAAAGUGUUUCUAUGAGUUCCAAACGUUAGCUGCCUGCUAUACGUCUGCUGAUACCGUUUCCAAGAAGGAAUGUCUUCCCCAAUUCGAUGAUUACUUUGAGUGUUUGCAUGGAUACAAAGAAAGAGAAAAAGUCAGAUUAAUGUUACAACAGUUGAAAGACAAUGAAGCCUCUCAGAAAGGAAUCACUGCUUCCGAUUUAUACAAGUCUGCUGGAGCCGUUUAUGAAAACUUGGAUUUGAUCACCAAAGAUUAG